CGAAUCAUUUUGUGUAAAAAUGUUUGCUUUUACUAGUCUAUGUGUUUUGGUGGGUUCUUCGUUUUUUAUAAUUUUAUUGCGUGUUUUGGACAAAAAUCCCGUGCCUCUCUUUGGCGUCUAUCGAAGACGGAGUGGACUGUAUUGGAUAAAGGUUUGGAUCAUGUACACAGUUUUGACUUUGAAGAAGGUUACAUCUCGAUUUACAAACUAUGAGGAAUAUUACGACAAAAUCGACAAACCACAAGAACUAUCGCAUCAUUCAAAGGCUGUAGAUGCCGUAAACUUCAACGGAGCAAAUAAAAACGGAGACUAUUUCAUCUUUGCCACUGCCAGGAGAAAAAAUCGCUUGAUCGACGGGUUGUUUUUCCUCAAAGUAGCCAAUUCGAACAUGGGCGUGUUGACCAUACCAAAAAUUCCGGAUACGACCCUGUUCAACGACGGGGACGAAGACAAAUACGAAGCGGAAGGCAUUCAAAUUUCUUGUGUGGAACCAAUGAAAAAAUGGAAACUUACAUACGCGGGAGUCAUGAAAAAUUUUGAGAAUCCCGAUCAGCAAUCUAACGUUACUCUCGACGCUGUCUGGACGUCUGAACAACCUUGUUUUAAUUUUGACAAAGAUAUGGACGCCUGGGACAUGGCUAAAGCUAUAGCUUACGAAAGAUGGAGUCGCAACUACUUCGCCAAUUUAGAAAAAAAUCAUCAGGUCCACUACGAGCAAUUCGGAACUUUGAAAGCCCAUAUCACGAUAAACGGUUCAAAAUAUAACAUAGAGGUGGAUGCCCUUAGGGACCACAGCGUGGCUACCAAAAGGGAGUGGGCUCAAUUUCGAAGAUACGGCAUGCACUUUUUUUCAGCCGAAAAUGGCGAUCAUUUUUCCGUCGGUUCCAUCUGUCUGCCGAUAUCGUUUAGCAGGUUAAACGUUGGUUUCGUAUAUUCUGCGCGGGAAAGAAAUGUAUACGCCAUUAGGAAAAGCAACUUGCGUCUUUACAAUCACGGGGAAAUGGGUAGAGCGCCCAGAGACUACGCUUUUAGUUUCAAAGCAGGUCCUAAAACGUACAACGUAAAGGUCAACGUGAUCCACGAACCUUACUUUUACAUAAGCAAAGAUUGGGAGGUGAAAAUUUACGAGCGUCUAUGUAAUUUCGACGUGGACGGGGUCAAGGGCUGGGGUGCAUCUGAGUGGUUGUACAGAAACGUCGGCGGUAGAAAUGCAGAAAAAAAUUCGUUAUUGGGAUGAUUCCGC